GGUUUGACUGGUGGUGUAUUUUGGUGACAGUCACCGCCAUUUGUCAGAAAUUGUAAGAAAAAUCCUGUAAAAAGGGCGAAAAGGGAAAAUAGGUGUGAAAUAAUGAAUUUGGAAGGUGCACUGUGUAGAUAGGAGUAGUGUAAAAGUGUAUAGUGGGUGAAAUUGGUGCAAAAAACUGUGUCGCCUGCCCAAAAUCAUUGGCCAUUUGGUUGGCACAAAGUGCAAAGUGGGCAGGAGAGGCAAAAAGGCAUUUUGGAUGGUUUGAAGAGAGUUACAGAAACUUGGGCGAAUAAUGGUGGCAAAGAGUGGCCCCAUCGCAUUUGUUCUGACACUUGCGUAGCCCCAUAUUUUCCAAAUUUCGCCGGUGUCUCCCUGACUCAGUAGUCCAUGGGGAGAAAUUGUGUGUGAAAAAUGCGAGCAGGCUGUGGCAAGUGUCUUGCAAUCGUGAAAAUCGAUAAAAAUAAAUUGCGAGUGGCGAUUUGUUGAUUGUGCUGUGCGGAGUUUGUUGUUGGGGGAAGACGUGAAGAAGUAAAAAAAACGGCAAAAUUUGCAGUUAAUAAUUCCCGGUGGUGAUAAAUUUUCACGUGAAAAUCCCUCUUGCUAGAAGUGAUCUUAGUUGGCGUUUCAACGAACAAAAUUUUUGGAGUCUCUCUCUUCAGCCAUUUCCACGGAUUUUCCAAUUGGAAGGAAAAGCAACAAAAGAAAAAAGUAUGCUGGACUGAAAGAAUUCGACGUGGGAGUGAGGGCAGUUUGUGCGACAAAGUGACCAAACAAGCAUCCCACCCCCAAACAAAGGGUGGUAUGAUAGUGUGAAGUGUUGUGAGUGUUGGAAGUUCUAAAAGUGGUCAGGGGCAAAAAAAAAGAGGUGAAAGACAAAGGAACGCAUGAAGGGUUUAGGACACACUGAGAAAGAGAAGAGAUCAGAGUGAGUGAAAUUUCUGCCACCAGCAAACAACAAAACAUCUGGCGGCUUUGGCUGCAUCACAAUCGGAAGUGAGGGCUGCAGGGAGUGGUCUGAGUGAGACGAAUAACAAAAAAAAAGGGGGAGAACCUAGAGAGACCCACACGUAGGAUUGUGAACUGAAGGAGACGACAGAAUGCAGCGACGCGAGGGCAGAGACCAGCGCGAUGGUCGCGACCGUGAUGUUAACAGGCAAACAAGUGGCAUUCCGGGCGCUUCAUCAUCAGGAGGUGUUGGAGCGUCUCGAGGUGGUACCAGUAUGUACUCAGCUAGGCAUUCAGUCAGCUCCUCAUCCGGAGUCCUGAUGGUGGGCCCAAACUUUCGUGUGGGCAAAAAAAUCGGAUGUGGCAAUUUCGGAGAACUUCGAUUAGGAAAAAAUCUAUAUAACAAUGAACACGUAGCAAUAAAAAUGGAGCCAAUGAAAUCCAAGGCACCUCAACUUCAUUUAGAAUAUAGAUUUUAUAAAUUAUUAGGAUCACAUGAGACCUCAUCAAGUUCGUCGACUAAUUCGAAUAAUCAACCUCCAGAGGGGAUACCAAGAGUUUAUCAUCUUGGAACUUGUGGCGGCAGAUACAAUGCAAUGGUAUUAGAACUAUUGGGUCCAUCACUAGAAGAUCUAUUCAAUUUAUGUGGAAGACGGUUUUCGUUGAAGACAGUUCUCACAAUAGCAAAGCAACUACUUCACCGGAUUGAAUAUGUUCAUGGGCGCCAUUUAAUCUAUAGAGAUGUAAAACCAGAGAAUUUUCUGAUUGGCAGAACAUCAACAAAACGUGAAAAAAUAAUCCACAUAAUUGAUUUUGGACUGGCCAAAGAGUAUAUCGACUUAGAGACAAAUAAGCACAUACCAUAUCGGGAACACAAAUCGUUGACCGGAACUGCGAGAUAUAUGUCGAUAAAUACACACAUGGGUAGGGAACAAUCCCGAAGAGAUGACCUGGAAGCCUUAGGACAUAUGUUUAUGUAUUUUCUGCGAGGAUCACUGCCGUGGCAAGGACUGAAAGCAGAUACGCUCAAAGAACGAUAUCAAAAGAUUGGAGACACGAAACGUGCUACUCCAAUUGAGGUGCUCUGUGACUGUCAUCCAGAAGAAUUUGCUACAUACUUACGCUAUGUCCGACGAUUGGACUUUUUUGAGACGCCGGACUAUGAUUACUUGCGAAGACUGUUCCAGGAGCUUUUUGAUCGGAAAGGCUACGAAGACGAUGGGGAAUUUGAUUGGACGGGCAAAACAAUGUCGACACCUGUUAAUUCCCUACAAACGGGUCAUGAAGUGGUUGUGUCUCCAAACCGUGACAGACAUACUCCUGUGAAUAAGACAAACGCUAAGGGGAAUGUUGCUGCAUGGACCGAUGUUCCUAAGACUGGCGUGACUUUGGGCAAUCUCACACCGGCUGAUCGACAUGGUUCAGUUCAGGUGGUGAGCUCAACAAAUGGUGAAUUAAAUAAUGAUGAUCCUACGGCAGGACAUUCAAAUACUCCAAUCACUCAACAACCUGAAGUGGAAUUAGUUGAUGAGACAAAUUGGGUUGUUUUUUGCAGGUGUUGCUGUUUCUUUAAACGAAAGAAGAAGAAAUCAUCACGUCAAAAAUGACUAGAAGCAGUGCAAUGCAGUCCAGAAAGAGAGGCAGUCACAUUGCUUCGUGCCACUUCACACUCAAAUUCACGGGAUAGUGUUCUGAAUCCGAGUCAAGAUUUCGUUCAGGCAACUUCACAGCAUACACUCCGUUAUCCAUCCGCGUCAGUGUUGACGCCAACACCAACUAACACUCCGACUCUACCAUUGUAACCACAGUGCAUAUAUUUUUUUUUUUGGAACGGACACAAGGAAGUCACAUUAGUUAAAUGAUUUGGGAGACAUUUUCAGGAGGGACUCUAUGCAGGAUAAUAACAAUUUUAGGUUUUUUUUUUCUUGGUUUGCUUGCACCAAUUUGCAAAAGUGGAUAAAGUGCAAUUGAUGGGAAAGCCUGUUAAUUGCACGAGAGUAAGACAAAAAACAAUUGGUAAAUUUCUUAUGUCUUGAUUUUUACCAUGUACCUCCUCUCUUAAGUUAUUAAGUUAAUGUCCAAGUGAUUCCUCAGAUGAUAAUGCGGCAUUUUCUUCAGCAGGUUUUUUUUUGUGUUUUCUAUAACCAUGUUUUAUUGUAUGUUCCAGUGAAUAUAUUUAGUUGGUGUGUAUUCAUUUUUUUUUAAAUUUUAUUUUAGAUGAAAGCUCAAAAUUUUAAAAUAAUUCCUUCCUAGUGCUGAAUUUCCUUUUUAUUAGUUGUUGUAUUUGAAAAAAUAUUCAAGUGAUCAUAAUAUCGCUUUGCGUUUUUUUAUUUAGGAAUCUGUUUUUUAUCUAUUUGUUUCUUUCUGUUAAUCGUGAUAUAUUUUUUUAUUUAGUCCUAUUUUUGCAAGCAUAAUCAUCGAUUUUAUUGAAGGUUUUAAAAAUAUUUAGCUGAAAAAAAGAGUUAUCUCAAAGAAUCAAGUCGCAAAAAAGGAAAUGAACGAAGAAUUUAACUAAUAGGACAACAAAUUCUCAAAGAAAAACAAAAAACAAAAAAAAAUAAAAUCAAAGAAAUAAACGAAAAUAGUUGCAGGUUCUGAGGAAGUUGAGAAAAACAAAAGGGAGAAGAAGAAGGAACAGAAAUGAAAAUCGAAGGAUGAACAAAGUGAGUAACGUGAAUGUGUUAAAAAGAACUUUAAUUGUAAUAUUCUUAGGAAAUACUGUAUGUAAUUAAAUGAUAAAAAAUGUAUUUUAAUUUUUUGCGUUUAAAAACCAUAAUACAAUUAUUAUAUAAAAACAUAAAGAACAUGUUACUAUAUACACAUAAGCAUAUAUGCAAAAAACUAUAUUUUUAACAGGAAAAAAAACAUAAAUUGAAAAAUAUUACCCUUAAAAAUACAACCACUAAAAAAAAGAAAGAAGUCAUGAAGUAAUGUGAAAAUUGAGAGGAGUUGAGAAUGAAAUUAAAACACAAAUCAGAUCUAUUUAGCUGAUUUCUGCAAAAAAAAAUAAAAAAUAAAAAUGGUGAACAUUUCAUUGAACAAUUUUUUUUAAGUGAGAUGAAAUGAAUUUUUUUAAUAUGUGUAUAUGUACAUAUUUGUAAUCAAUUGACUUUUCAUUGUUUGAGAACAUUUUUAAGUAAGAUAUAAUGAAAAAAAAACACCAAAUUUUUUGAUGAAUGAUUAGUCAAGAUCAAAUGAGACAAAAAGAAAAGAAACUGCAGAAAAAUAGGAGAUUUGAAAGAAAAAGUAUUUAUAGGUGAAAUUUUUGCAUUAUAAAUUUUUGAAUGACAUGAAUUAAAAAGUGUUAUUUAGCUAUGAAGAAA